GCCAUCUGGAUCUACCAGUUCCGGCUGAUUGUGCUGGGCGACUCCACCGUGGGCAAGUCGUGCCUGCUGCACCGCUUCACCGAGGGCCGCUUCCCCGGGCCGCUGCACUGCGACCCCACCGUAGGGGUGGACUUCUUCUCCCGCCUCGUGGAGAUCGAGCCCGGCAAGAGGGUCAAGCUGCAGCUGUGGGACACGGCGGGGCAGGAGCGCUUCAGAUCAAUAACACGAUCUUAUUACCGCAAUUCUGUUGGUGGCUUACUGGUGUUUGACAUCACAAACCGGCGAUCUUUUGAACAUGUGAAAGACUGGCUAGAAGAAGCUAAAAUGCAUGUACAGCCUUUUCGAAUUGUAUUUCUGUUAGUAGGACAUAAAUGCGACUUAGUGUCACAGCGACAAGUUACAAGAGAAGAAGCUGAAAAACUGUCAUCUGACUGUGGGAUGAAAUACAUAGAAACCUCAGCAAAAGAUGCCACAAACGUUGAGGAAUCAUUUACGAUUCUUACCCGAGACAUAUAUGAACUUGUCAAAAAAGGAGAAAUUUCUAUACAGGAUGGAUGGGAUGGUGUUAAGAGUGGCUUUGUUCCAAAUGUUGUACAUUCAUCAGAGGAGGCUGUAAAGCCUAAAAGACGAUGCAACUGCUAAAUUCAUAGCAUGCCAAAGAACACAUCAGGUGUUCAUAGAAUGAU